CCAAAUUGUGAGAUAUACGUACCCUUUGCACACCAUGCAAUAAUAACAGAACACACUUCCGCUCUAGUACGUUAAAACCAACUAAAUUGAGUUCGAGUAAACUCGCCUGUUUCAGCGUCUAGAGGCGCCGUAAGCGCUUAUGGUCCUUUUUCGUGGGCGUUGAUUGAAUAAGAGAGAAGUGUACGUUCCAUUUGUUUUGGUAGCUAUACAGUGAGGCUAGUCGGACCGCACGGUAUUUGCAGUGCAGGGUGUUUGCAUUAUACUAGAUAGAAAAGAGUAUUGUGGUCUACAGAAGCAAUGUUGCGACUAUGUGUCAUUAUUGCGGCGGUCGUUCACCUCGGCCACUCCCUUAGCUACAGGGCAACAAUUAACAUGGCCGGCAUCAAAGGAUACGUCGAUUUUACUCCCGAUACCUCAGACAUGAAUGUGACGGUGAAAUUGACUGGUACCGGUGUGAGCAAUUAUACCACGUUCAUGAUUAAGAGCAUACCGACAAUGUUUGGCCAAGUCAAAAGCACACAAGCCUGCGACAACCUUGGGAACACAAUAACGGUGUUGACAGGAGCAACAAACGACGCUACCAACACCACUGUAGGCUUAUCGGAAGAAGCGAUUUUUCACCGAUCUGUCCUCAUUACCGGCAAUUCAAAUGAUCCGAAAUUAUGUGCCGUUAUUCUGCCAAUAAACGAAAAUCUAGUGACCUAUCGGGCCGUCUUUAUGGGCCCGAUUACCGGAGAAGUUUGGGUGCGGAAACGUCAGUCGUUGAACGGAAUCUUCGUAUAUUCCAACCUUGCCUAUGCUACAAACCCUACGAACCCUACUGCUACCACAAACCUUAAAAUGGUCAGUUAUGCCAGUGGGUCGAUAGGACAGACAUUUUCCACUCGGUGCAAUACUUUGGCUUCCCCCACCGACAUUAUGGUUGCCAUUCCGGUUGGAAAUUCUGCAGCAGCUGCUGGUCGAAUGUCGGCAACAUUCGUACAGAGCAUCAGUGACGUGAAAACUUUCUGGGGACUGACCAAUUCGUCAAGCCCUACUAUCAUCGCUUGCACACAUAUUAACUUGCAAAACCCACGCAGUGCGGUGACUCGAUUUGCUUGGAGCAACCUUAGAGGAACUGUCACGUUCACCCAAGACUCGCCGUUUGACGUCACAAUGACAUCUGUUGACUUACUAGGGGUACAGUUUCUGAAUGCUACCUACCACAUACACAAGUUUCCAGUUCCACAACGACUGGGGGCUUCUGAGAACAAAUGCAGCUUCAACAACGUGGUCGGGCAUUAUAAACCUUUUGGUGCGUCUUCCGUCGGUCCAGCGAAUGCGGCUGGUACACACGACCAAUACGAAGUUGGGGAUCUGAGUGGAAAAUACGGUAAGCUAACUUCAGCCACUUUCGCAAUGAAUUAUACCGACUGGAAUUUGCCGCUUUUUGGUGUGCACAGUAUCCUUGGACGGUCAGUGGUUGUCCACAAGUCAAGCUCGGAAAGAUAUGCGUGUGCUAAUAUAGUCUACAACGGUGCUGUGGUGACAGCGGUUGCUACGUUCAAAUACCCAGCGUACGGGUACAUGUACUUUCAACAAGCAGCUAAUGAUGUGAAUGCACCCACUGUGAUAUUUGGGGCUCUUGCUAAUACGGAUCAUGGUGUGAGUGUUUGGCAUAACUUCCACGUUCAUGAGUUCACGCUUGGGAACAACUGUGCGAGUGCAGGACCUCACUACAAUCCAACCGGGGUGUUCACAGGUGGCAAUUAUACAAAGUAUUGUUCGGUCACUGACCCUUAUAGUUGCGAACUUGGUGACGUCACAGGCCGUGCUUUCGAACCGUUAUAUCUCUCUUCUUCAAUUCGAAUUGCCGCGAGCAAGUUUCUUAUGAACGAUCCUUACCUUCAUCUAAGCGGAGUUUACAACAUUAUCGGCCGGUCGAUCGUCAUUCACCAGUUUGGUUUUGGUGCAGCCAGAUAUGCAUGCGCCAAUAUUACACUACUUCGCCCCUCUAAAGUUGAAACGGAAACAAAUUCUUGGGCUGGUGAUACUUCUGAUGGAUCAGUAACUGGAAAAAUAACCAUGAUUCAACCUAACGAGUUUUCUGCAACUUCGGUGACUGCAAACUUGGCCGGAUUAGCAAACACUGCAGGUGGCUACCAUAUCCACAUUCUACCACUCGAAGCGGGAUCGUCUGGCGUUGGUGCUUGCUCAACAUCUGUUAUAUCUGGACACUACAGUCCGUUUGACUUGCCUGCUAUAAUUCCAAAUGCUACUGUUGGUACCACGGACCAAUAUGAAGUUGGUGAUCUUAGCAAUAAGUAUGGACUGCUCACAUCCCAGGCAAGUCUGAGCUUGCCCGUCACCCUGGACGACAACUUGCCCCUCAGCACCGAUGUUAGUGUCGCUGGUAGAUCAGUUUUAAUACACAAAGCAAGCGGAACACCGUGGAAAUGCAAUUCUCUUCUUGAACAACCGUAUGAUAACACGGGACAUGUCAUAGUCGCAGAGGUUACGUUCGCGGAUGCUUUCACAGGCUACAUUAGACUGAGACAAGUUAUAUACGACGAUGGGACUUCCACGCCAACAACAAUCGAGGUGUCUGUUGCAAACAACAACGGUAGUUUGACCAACAACCAUAAUUGGCAUGUACAUAUUGAUCCGAUCACAACCGAAACAUCUUGUAAGAUUGCUAAAGGUCACUACAACCCUCAUGGUGCACCGGUAUCUUCUGCUAAUUACGCUGGUGCUGCUACUUGUAACCGCAUGCAGCCGCUUGCGUGUGAAUUAGGUGAUCUCAGUAAUAAACACGCGAAAUACAACAUUGGUGGCGGAAGAAAACUCUUUGUUGAUGUUGACUUACCACUGAACACGGGCAAUUCCGUAUUGGGUAGAUCGAUCGUAUUCCACGCUGCUGAAGCUGGAUCAGCCAGGAUCGGAUGUUCCAACAUACAACCGAUAAAUAAUGGCAGCAACUCAAUGACCAUUGCUUUCCCAUCGUCCGUAACAUACGACUAUUACAGAUUCACGAAAGCGAUUGCUGAUGUGUUUGCAAUAUCUCGUCACAGGGUGGUAGUAGUGCGCAAUACAGCUGUUCCAGUAAGUGGGGUGGGUUGCUCGAAAGUCAUGGUGUAUAUUGCAGGUACACUGCCAUCAUCCCCUACUCUUGCCGAUGUAGUAGCAGGACUAAAUGUAAACCUUGCCCCGUACGCCCCUACAGUUGCGUGCAAAAGUGAGAUAGGGUUACAAGUCGUUGGUCUUUCUGAUCUCAGCGGUGCAUCUAUUAAUGCGGUACAAUUAUCAUUUGUUCUCUUCGUAGCCCUAACCUCAUGCUUUAUGCAGUUCGCUCUGUUUUAAUCACGGUAACCCUAAUGUUCGCGUACGUUUAAUUUCAAACAUCAUAUCAGUUCUGUGUAUUUACUUGCUUCAGUUCAAAUGUAAAGAGUCGACUUUUCUUGUUAACUUUAUUAUAUAAUAUGUAUUCCUAUUGUUCGUUGAGUUCCUCAUAUAUUUUUUUUAGACCUGCUUUGCAAAGUUGGGCCUAAUUUGCAUUUGUACUAUACCCAUCUUCGGUAACAUGCUUUAUACUGGGCGUAUAUUUAACUUUAUAUUUAUUUCCAAUACACAAGAUAACCAAUGAGUUGCAAA